UUGGCUAUUGAAAUUUGGGGAUAAAUCGAUCUGAUCGAAGACGAAGAAACGUCAAGAAGAUCAAGACUCAAGAGUGACGCAGAGAUGGUGAACAUGACGACGUUUUUCGGGAUGUCUCUUGGUGCUUUCGUAUUCUGGCAAUCAAUGGAUAAAGUUCAUGUCUGGAUUGCUCUUCACCAGGACGAGAAGCAAGAAAGAAUGGAGAAGGAAGCAGAGAUCAGGAGAGUGAGGGAACAACUUAUACAAGAAAACAAAGAAAGAGACCCUCUUGCUUGAAUUUUCCCAAUUCUUCGUUCGAUUUCCCAUCGUCUGCAAUACUUUUUAUGCUUUUCCCUCAAAUGGCUGUUUGAUUUGCCGGAGUUUUGAUAAUGAACAUACUUAAUGUAUUAAGCAGAUACCGAUGAUUAUUGCUGAAUAAGUUUGUCUUCUUAAGUAA